AUGGUCUUGGCGGCUACUGGACAGAGGGAAGACACAAGACACACAGGACAGGAUCGGACAGGUUUGACGAGCAGACACACAUCCUCGCAGGCCCAGAAUGAGCUCUCCAGCCGCAGCCACUCCAUCCUGACAGUCUCCAUCAGAGCUAAAGCAGCUAAUAGUGAUGAAGGCACAGCCACCCAGGGGAAACUGUGCCUAGUGGAUGUAGCCAGAAGUGAACGGCUGAGGGGGCCCAGUUCCUCAGAAGAUCUCCUGGAAGAGGCUGCCAACAUCAACCAAAGUCUCUUGUCUUUGGGCAAGUGCAUAUCCGCACUAGUGGACCCUAAGAAGAAGAGCGGGCACAUUCUGUACUGCGACAGCAAGCUCACCAAGCUGCUCUCUGAUUCCCUGGGUGGAGCAGGCAUCACACUCAUGGUUGGCAAGCUUACCAAGAGGACACGCUUCACAGAACCCUUGCUGCUUGCUUGAUGAGCCAGUUUCUUCCCCUCAGAUCACCUGUGUGUGACAUCAAAGAACUGAUUACUGAUUGCAGCAACUCAGCCUUUCCACAACAUUAAAGCUGCUUAUUCCCCCCCCCAUACCAUGAAGAAAUAAUCUCUGUGGCUCCCCUCUCCCCCUCCCUCAGCCCCCAGUCUGACCUGAACAUUUGCACUUCCAGUAAAAAUGCGCCCCAAACACACUGACACCAAGCUCCCCUGCCCUCCUCUGAACAUUAUUAAAGCUACACCCUGAACACUCUGUGUGACUGACAUGAAUGAGAAGCAUCUUUAUUCAUAAUCUCUGUAGCGGAGGUCAGAAUACAGAGUGUCAUUAUUCCCGUCUUU